UCCUGUGCUCACGCCCAGUUGAAGCAGUUGGGCACGUGCCAGUGACACAAUUACCAAACCGUACCGCGCGCGUUUGAAGCCGAAGGGGCAGUGGUGAGCUCGUCCUCCGUCGAAAGGGGGGGGAGGAGAAGUAGGAGGAGAAGAAUGGAAAGAGAGAAGGAAGAGGGGGACGUGUGGCGGCUCUAGGUUGCGGCGGUGGAGCCUCGAGAAGCGUCCUUGCAGUGCGCGUAUGAAAGGCUUAAACGCGACACAACGAAGCGGCAGCGGGCUGCGCAUUCCUCCACUUUCCCUUCCUUCCUACUUUUCUUUUCUUUUCUUUUCUUUCCUUCUUUCCUUGCUCCCUGCUUCCUCUCGGGGUUCAGCUCUCUUCUCUGCAGGAGUGAACGGACUGAAGAGCGGCGGCUGAAGCUCAGGUCCCGACCAGGACCAUGGAGGAUGUGUACCGUCUGAGUCCCGCAUGGGAGGAACUGGAACCGGAUACUCGGCCGGCGUCCUCCCUCUCGCCCCUGCCGGGAAUCCACGCGGUUGGCGCUGCUGCUGGCACUGGUGUCCCCGUCGGUGGUGCCGCGGACGAUUCCUCUGACAGUGAGGCUGAGCAGGAGGGUGCGCAGAAGCUCAUCAGGAAAGUGUCCACAUCGGGACAAAUCAGGAGUAAGACCAGUAUAAAGGAGGGACUGCUGCUGAAACAGACGAGCUCUUUCCAGAGGUGGAAGAAACGCUACUUCAAACUGAGAGGACGCACGCUGUACUAUGCCAAAGAUGCCAAGUCUCUUAUCUUUGAUGAGGUUGAUCUGUCGGACGCCAGCGUCGCUGAGUCCAGCACCAAGAAUGUCAACAACAGCUUCACAGUGAUCACUCCGUUUCGACGUCUCAUCCUUUGCGCGGAGAACAGGAAAGAGAUGGAGGACUGGAUCAGCUCGCUCAAGUCCGUCCAGUCCAGAGAACAUUACGAGACGGCUCAGUUUAAUGUGGAACAUUUCUCAGGGAUGCACAACUGGUACGCCUGCUCUCACGCACGCCCAACUUUCUGCAACGUCUGUAAGGACAGUCUUUCAGGGGUCACGUCACAUGGUCUCUCCUGCGAAGUGUGCAAGUUCAAGGCUCACAAACGCUGCGCGGUCCGAGCCACUAACAACUGCAAAUGGACCACUCUGGCCUCCAUAGGGAAGGACAUCAUCGAGGACGAGGACGGGAUCGCGAUGCCUCACCAGUGGUUGGAAGGGAACCUGCCCGUCAGUGCCAAGUGCGCAGUUUGCGACAAAACCUGUGGCAGUGUCCUGAGGCUGCAGGACUGGCGCUGCCUCUGGUGCAAAGCUAUGGUGCACACCGCCUGCAUGGACAUAUAUCCUCGCAAAUGUCCACUAGGUCAAUGUAAAGUCUCCAUCAUUCCUCCUACAGCUCUGAACAGCAUCGACUCAGAUGGUUUCUGGAAGGCCACCUGCCCUCCAUCAUGUGCCAGUCCUCUCCUGGUCUUCGUGAACUCCAAAAGCGGAGACAACCAGGGGGUGAAGUUCCUGCGGCGCUUUAAGCAGCUCCUGAACCCGGCUCAGGUCUUCGACCUGGUCAACGGUGGGCCGCACCUCGGUCUACGUCUGUUCCAGAAGUUUGACACCUUCAGGAUUCUGGUGUGCGGUGGUGACGGCAGCGUGGGCUGGGUCCUGUCGGAGAUCGACAAACUCAACCUACACAAACAAUGCCAGUUGGGUGUGUUACCUUUGGGCACCGGCAAUGACCUGGCCCGGGUCUUGGGCUGGGGCCCAUCCUGUGAUGACGACACCCAGCUGCCUCAGAUCUUGGAGAAGCUUGAAAGAGCCAGCACUAAGAUGUUGGACCGCUGGAGCAUCAUGACCUACGAGAUUAAGAUCCCGCCCAAACACAGCUGUCCUACCACACCAGAGGGCGCCGACGAGUGCCAGUUGCACAUUUCUGCCUACGAAGACUCAGUGGCCGCUCAUCUCACCAAGAUCCUCAACUCAGAACAACACUCUGUUGUCAUCUCUUCUGCCAAAAUACUGUGUGAAACAGUGAAGGACUUUGUUGCCAAAGUGGGAAAAGCCUAUGAAAAAAGCACAGAGAACACCGACGAGUGUGACAUGAUGUCUGUCAAGUGUGCCAUCCUGAACGAGAAACUGGACUCCCUCCUCCACACCCUCAACACCGAGUGCCCGGUUUUCCCUCUGGUGCUCCACUCCACUCCUCCGAUUGUGGAGGAGGAACAAGAAGAGGAGGAGGAGGAGGAGGAAGAUGAGGAAGAGGAAGAAGCCAGCGAGGAGAGCCUGACGGAGCUCAAGGGGAAGCUGGAGGCAGAGGAGACGGAAAAAAGAGGAGGCGGAGGCCAAGCGGCUGCGGCUCACCAACUGUUCAGGAGCAGGGAGCAGCUGAUGCUGCGAGCGAACAGUCUGAAGAAAGCAGUUAGACAGAUCAUCGAACAGGCGGAGAGAGUGGUGGACGAACAGAAUGCGCACACGGACGACAGUGAACUUCAGUCUCCUCUUGACUUCAGGAAGGACAGUGAGGAUGAGAACCGGGACAGUGAGAAGGACGAGGACACCAAGGAAUUAGAAGGAGCCUCGUCAGCCAAAAGUCCGUGUUCUCCCACAGAGAGGAGGGUCAGCCGCAGCACUCAGUCCUACGGCCCCUUCACCAUCACGCCCUUCACCACCAGCAAAGAAAACCUGCCCGUUCUCAACACGCGCAUCAUAUGUCCAGGUUUACGCGCAGGUUUAGCUGCCUCCAUCGCCGGCAGCUCCAUCAUCAGUAAGAUGCUGUUGGCCAACAUCGACCCAUUUGGUGCCACACCCUUCAUUGACCCGGACCUUGACUCACUCGAGGGCUACAUGGAGAAGUGUGUGAUGAACAACUACUUUGGCAUCGGCCUGGACGCAAAGAUCUCCCUGGAGUUCAACAACAAGAGGGAGGAGCAUCCAGAGAAGUGCAGGAGCCGCACCAAAAACAUGAUGUGGUAUGGAGUUUUGGGAACCAAGGAGCUGCUGCAGCGGACCUACAAGAACCUGGAGCAGAAGGUCCAACUAGAGUGUGACGGUCAGUACAUCCCUCUUCCCAGCCUUCAAGGGAUAGCCGUUUUGAACAUUCCCAGCUAUGCGGGUGGGACAAACUUCUGGGGAGGAACCAAAGAGGAUGAUAUCUUCUGCGCGCCGUCCUUCGACGAUAAAAUCCUAGAGGUGGUGGCCGUGUUUGGCAGCAUGCAGAUGGCCGUGUCACGAGUCAUCAAACUGCAGCACCAUCGCAUUGCACAGUGUCGAACAGUGAAGAUUACCAUCCUGGGAGAUGAAGGCGUUCCCAUUCAGGUGGACGGUGAAGCCUGGAUCCAGCCUCCCGGAGUCAUCAAGAUCCAGCACAAGAACCGGGCUCAGAUGCUAACGAGAGACCGGGCGUUCGAAAACACGCUGAAGUCUUGGGAGGACAAACUGAAGUAUGACAAACCUCCUCUGCGUCCACACCUCUACCCUCAACAGUCCGUGGACCUGGCUACGGAGGAAGAGGCUGCUCUGCUCCAGAUGUGUGCCCGCGCCGCGGAGGAGCUCAUCACCAGGAUUUGUGAGGCUGCGAAGACUUGCGGUCUUCUAGAGCAGGAGCUGGCCCACGCUGUCAAUGCUGCAUCUCAUGCCAUCAACAAAACACAUCCGAAGUUUCCUGAGAGUCUGACCAGAAACACAGCCAUAGAGGUGGCCAGUACUGUCAAAGCUCUGUACAACGAGACGGAAUCUCUGCUGGUCGGCAGGGUCUCUCUGCAGCUGGAGCCGCCGGAGGAGGAGCAGCUGUCCAACGCCCUGCAGAGUGUGGAGAUGGAACUGGGAAAACUGGGAGAGAUCCAGUGGCUUUACCACAUCCUGCAGCCGAACGACGAGGAGGUUGACUCUGUUUAUGUACCAGGACCACUCUUUGGGCUACGGCAAGAGGAACAGCCGCAGCAGCAGCAGCAUGUUCCGUAUCGUCCCGAAGUUCAAGAAGGAGAAGGCGGCCAAGAAGACCGCUCCUCAAUCAGUGGAGAGGUGGGGCACAGAGGAAGUAGGCAUCUGGCUGGAACAGCUGAGCCUGGGCGAGUACAGAGACACCUUCAUCAGACACGAUAUCAGAGGCUCCGAGCUGCUUCACCUGGAGAGGAGAGACCUGAAGGUAGACACUCUCACACACUCACACUCACAAACACACACAAACUCACACACCUUCAAUCCCUGUUUCUCUUUGUCCUGACAAAACCUUCGUUUUUUUUUUCCGAACCUCAGUCCCCCCUCUUAUCGUUGUGCUGUUGCUGCUCUGCUUGGCUUCUUCUUCUUCUACUUCUUCUUCUUCUUCUGCUUCUUCUUCUGCUUGUUGUACUUGCUGUAAACCCACUAACACCGAUCCCCUGCUCAGAGGGGAAGCCUACAGGGCGGGGCGGGUCAUGAGUAGACUGUAAGGUAGUGACAGUACCUACAGUAGGUGCGUACUACACACAGGGACAGUAAAUUAUUAUCGCAGUAUGUACCUUAAAAAUCAGAUAUUUAUAUUUAUUUAAUGCUAGAUGUCCAUGGUCAUCAUUUGUUUUUUUACCUGUUUUUCAAUGUGGAUGAUUACCAUUUUGUGAUGUGUCUGAUGAUAGACGGCCGUGUUAGACACGUAAAAGAACUGGCAAACUGGCUAUUCAAUGCGUAAAAGAUGAAAUGGUAAGAAGGUAAAAAUAAUAGAAGAGCAAAAAAAAAAAAAAGACAAAUCAAAUGAGAAAUAGAGCAGAACACAUUACCUGGCAAAAAGCCGAAAGGGCAAUUGGACAAAAUAAUCUGUAAAAAUGAGUAAACGAAGCAAAAAGCAGAAGAAAUGACAACUAAACAUGGAAGAAAAGAACAACAAAUGUCAGCGGAGAAUAAAUGGCAACAAAGUUUUUGCACUGGAGAUAAGUGUGUUUUUACAGCAAGGGCUUUCCAACCCCUGGACCGUGGACCGGUGCUGGUCCGCAGGUCAUUUGUUACUGGGCGACAAUCAUCUUGUUACUUUUUUUUAUUCAAAUAUAAUCUGUCAAUGUUUCAAAACAACAGGUCAUUCAGACUCUGAUACUAAGAGAAGAAAGUCUGAAAGACGUUUUAUUUUGAAAAUCUAACGAUCCUUCAACGAUGAUGCGGUAUUACCGGUCCACAGUAACCGGUCAUUGGUACAAAAAAGUUUGGGGACUGUUGGUUUACAGGAUGUUCUCAAGAUUCAACUAUUUAUCCUUGAUUUUCACGACAAAACCAUGACCUCAGUUUUCUCACCGAUUCCUUACAAGAAGUAAGGAAUCGCGCAGUCGUCCAGUGGUUCUUCUCCUAAGACCUUCGUUCCUCUAUGUGUGUCUGUUUUUCUU